AACACCAUUGAUAACAAGCCAGAGUUUGUAUCCAUGAAUUCACAUAGUAAUUCUAGAGACCCUGUGGGUGAGAAAAGUGCCAAAGGGUUAGAGACUAUGGGGGUGUCUAAUGAACACUCAGAGGGCAAAAGGACGAAUAUGAGGAAAAUCACCAGUCAUCCUCACGCACAAGCCACUUGCCUGAAACAACUGCUUCUGCUUCAGCUGGACUUGAUAGAGCAACAACAGCAACAGCUGCAGUCUAAGGACAAGGAAAUAGAUGAACUCAAAUCAGACAGAGACACGUUGCUUGCCCGUAUUGAGCGGAUGGAGCGCCGUUUGCAGUUGUUAAGUAAGGAACCACGUGACAAGAGGCUCUUCCAGCCACUAGAAAGAUGGGUUCCUGAAACAGAUGACUUUUGGGAAUCACAUUUGGGUGACAGCCCUCAAACUCAGGCAUCUAAGUCAAGUGGCAAAGUGCAAAAGAGGAAGUUCAACUUGUUAGAUGCAAAGAAUCAGAGGUCAAGGGGUAAGACCUCAAAAAUGAUCCCCCAAAAAUUAGAGACAGGAGGGACAUCACCAUGUCAGCGUGACCUACGAAACAAGGAGACCCCAGAGAAGACAAAUGUUGUUAAGUCAUCUGGGCAAAUGGACCCGCAGCCAGAGGGAGAAGACAGCAAAGAAACGGAAGAUCUUCCGUUCAUGACAACAACUGAGAUGUACCUAUGCUGCUGGCAGCAACCUCCAGCCUCUCCAUUACGGGAAGAGUCUCCAAAGAAAGAGGAGGAUGUUGCAAUCCCAUCAUGGAGGGAAAACACCAUGGAACCCCUUCAGGAGGAGGAUGCUGUUGACAUCCCAGAAUGUCCUGCCUUGAAACAGUUGCUUGCCCGUAUUGAGCGGAUGGAGCGCCGUUUGCAGUUGUUAAGUAAGGAACCACGUGACAAGAGGCUCUUCCAGCCACUAGAAAGAUGGGUUCCUGAAACAGAUGACUUUUGGGAAUCACAUUUGGGUGACAGCCCUCAAACUCAGGCAUCUAAGUCAAGUGGCAAAGUGCAAAAGAGGAAGUUCAACUUGUUAGAUGCAAAGAAUCAGAGGUCAAGGGGUAAGACCUCAAAAAUGAUCCCCCAAAAAUUAGAGACAGGAGGGACAUCACCAUGUCAGCGUGACCUACGAAACAAGGAGACCCCAGAGAAGACAAAUGUUGUUAAGUCAUCUGGGCAAAUGGACCCGCAGCCAGAGGGAGAAGACAGCAAAGAAACGGAAGAUCUUCCGUUCAUGACAACAACUGAGAUGUACCUAUGCUGCUGGCAGCAACCUCCAGCCUCUCCAUUACGGGAAGAGUCUCCAAAGAAGGAAGAGGAUGUUGCAAUCCCAUCAUGGAGGGAAAGCACCAUGGAACCCCUUCAGGAGGAAGAUGCUGUUGACAUCCCUGAAAGUCUUGAUGACAGUGUUUUUCUGAAGCGGCACGCAAAGUUAGAACUGGAUGAGAAGAGACGAAAAAGAUGGGACAUUCAGAGAAUACGUGAACAGCGUAUGCUUCAAAGACUGCAGCAGCGCAUGGAGAAGAAAAAGACAAAUGUUCAGGAGAGCGAGCCAGAAUUGUCCUCGUUUUAUCCUGAUGUGGACAAUGUGGAGGCCAUCAUGGUAACACCCUUUCUGCCAGUAGUGGCAUUUGGUCGGCCUUUGCCCAGUUUGCCUCAACAAAACUUUGAGCUGCCCUGGCUUGACGAAAGAAGUCGAUGUCGCAUUGAAAACCAGAAGAAACAAACUCCCCACAGGACCUGUCGGAAAUGAGUUGCACAUAUUCUUGCUAUGUGUCCGAGUUGAGCACCACACAGAGGAAUGCUACUUCAUGUCCUGUGCCAGAACAUGGGGUUGAAGGAGGCAAAGCAGGGUUUGUUCAGUCAGGUGACAGAAUAUUAGCUCAUCAUAACAGUUUUGUGUCCACCUGCCUUCUGCUCGCACAGAGACUGUUUAGGCGAGAAAGAAAUGGCAGCAUUGCAGCUGUGUAUUCAUUUUAUUGUGCCCUGAUAAUAAAGCACUAACUGCCCGGCUAACUGCUAUUUUAGUUCCCUCACAGUCAGUGUGUGGCCUUGAUUAAAUCCUUUUCUUGUAGUCCUGUUCUGUGUACUUUUACUGAGGCUAAGUGAUAUUGAUUAUUGCAGGCUCCACUGCAAAUGCUGUUUUAAUGUGCACUAAACUGUGGUUAUGGAGUACUGCUGCACAUUUGCAUGUAAUGCCUCAAUAUUUGUGUUGAGAAUGACUUUAAAGAGCUUGUUUUGUUUUUGCAAAUGUAAUUGUGCAUGAAUGUCUUGCUAAAUCUUAUGCCUAAAAAUGUACAUAUUUUUGUAAGCAUAGUGUAGUUGUUUAGAGGGAAAGAAAUUGUCAGGAUUAGAGUAAGGAUGCUAAAAUGUGUAGAUGAAUGCCCCGAUGUAAAAGAGUAAGUAUGAAUUGUGUGUAUGGCCAUUCUAGUGUCUCUGAAAAUGUUCAGCAUCCCAUGCAGGUUUAAAGACAAUGCCCUUAACGUUAUUUUUGGAUCAGUUAGUUGGUCUGUUGAUGUUGUUUUUGUUGUACCUCAACUUUCUUAUUGAAAAUCCAUUUAUUUUACACCUCCAUUUUCUUAAAACCUUAUCCAUGUCCAGAAGUGUUGCUAGUCAUUAUUCAGUUUGCAUAAAUUCUGUGUCUCGUGGGAUUUAUUUCUGGGCAUUUCCUAAAGAUAUUCUUGUUCUUGUUAAAAGUGAUAACCUGAUUUUGUGUGUAAAUGUGUUGAUUUUGUGAGCACCACACAAGGUUUUGAUUUUUUUUCCUGAAUGUCUACAACUGGACCUCUGUAAAUAUCUCUAAUGAGACACAUUGGCUGUAAAUAAGGAAAACAUUGCUGUUAUUUUUUUAUUUAAUGUCAGAAAAGUGUUGUUUGUUCAGCAUAGAUAUUAUAUUGAUAGCAUUAUUUACAAAAUUUUUG